AUGGCGCUAACAGUUCGUCCUCCCCUCCGCUCCUCACUCCUCAAAUCUAAAAUAAGCACCACUAACUUGAACCCCUCCCUCCCUCCGCUUGCUUCGCUUCAGUGGAGGUCCUUCGACUUCUUUGACGCCUCCCAGAUCAAGAUCACCGACGACGACACCCGCGCCGUCUUUGAGGGCAACGACAUCUCGGCCGUCUGCUCCGGCUCCGACAGCCUGUUUCUGGGCGGCUAUGACGGCACCGUGCGCAUUGUCGGCCCCGGCAGCUGGAAGAUCGUGCGCAGCUUCCGCGCGUACGAUGGCGGCGCGAGCAUCACGCAUAUGCGACAGGUGGAGGGGACGAGCUUGCUCGUUACUGUUGCGGAAGAGCCGAGCAGCGCAGAGAGCAAUAACCAACCUAUCUUGAAAGUCUGGGCGCUCGACAAGCCGGUUAAGAAGACGGGGAUUCCGACGUGCGUGAGCACGGUGGCGAUCAAUAAUGGGAAGAAGCCGUUCCCGAUAUCGGCGUUCUCGGCGACCGAGGACCUGUCGCAGGUUGCAGUGGGAUUUGCCAACGGUGCUGUGACCGUCAUUCGCGGCGACCUGAUCCAUGAUCUCGGGACGAAACAGCGGAUCAUCUACGAGUCGGACGAACCGAUCACGGGGGUGGAGCUGCAUGUUGAGGCUAGCCUGACGACCCUGUUCAUCGCGACAACGUCACGGAUCCUAAAGCUGGUCAUCUCGGGCAAGGGUCAUGGUCACCCCCCGAAGACAGUUGAGGACACCGGAUGUGGGGUUGGGUGCAUGGCGGUGGACAAGAAGUCGGGGCAGAUCGUGGUGGGCAGGGAAGAUGCCGUCUACUACUAUAACCUGGACGGGAGAGGUCCUCCCAUUGCCUACGAAGCCCCGAAAAAACUGGUCGCCGUGUUUCAGGACUACAUCGCCUUGGUAUCCCCACCUACACCGGUCGGCGAGACUGACACGAUGCGCCAGCGGUUCUGGGGGGGUGCGGCCGAUAGCAUCUACACCUUCACGUUGAUACAUCCUGACCUCCGGAUCAUUGCCCACAGCGAGACGGUGCUGUCCGACGUCAAGCAUAUCUUUCAGCUCUGGGGUGAUCUCUAUGUCCUGACUCAGGAGGGCAAGGUCUUCCGCUACCACGAGAAGUCUCUCCAGCAGCGGCUAGAGAUGAUGUACCAGCGCAACCUCUACACGCUUGCGGCCGACCUCGCCCAGAAGUCCGGCAUGGACGCGCAGCAGCAAAACGUCAUCUACCGCAAGUACGGUGACUACCUCUACCAGAAGGGUGACUACGAUGGGGCCAUGACUCAGUACAUCAAGGCCAUCGACAGCACAGAACCUUCACAGGUGAUCCGGAAGUUCCUGGACACGCAGAGGAUACACAACCUAAUCGAGUAUCUGGAAGAGCUCCACGACCACCACAAGGCGACCUCUGACCACACCACGCUUCUUUUGAACUGCUAUGCAAAGCUCAAGGAUAUUGGAAAACUGGAGAACUUCAUCAAAUCACCGGGUGACCUCAAAUUUGAUCUUGACACAGCGAUUUCCAUGUGCCGACAGGGCGGCUAUUUUGAGCAAGCGGCGUACCUGGCCAAGAAACACGGGGAGCAUGACCUUGUCGUGGAUAUCUUGAUCGAGGACUCAAAGGCUUACGAUGAAGCUCUCGACUAUAUCUGGCACUUGGAUCCAGACACGGCCUACUCUUGUCUCAUGAAGUACGCUCGGGUCCUCAUCGAGCAUUGUCCGAAAGACGCAACCCAGCUAUUCAUCGACUAUUACACUGGACGGUACAGUCCAAGGGUAGACCCACCGGCUCAGAAAGUCCAGCCUACUACAAACGGGGGGUUCGUUGUCGGGGCCGCAAAUGCUGUUCAGAAUCUCAGCAACUUACUGCCGUUGCCGUUAUCAACACAGCAGCAAGCCGCUACUAAGGCAACCAUUGACGACCUUACGGCUGAGAGCGAAACGGCUGCACCAGAGUACACACCACCACGGCCGCGAACGGCGUUCUCCUCCUUCAUCGACCACCCGGACGAGUUUAUCGUCUUCUUGGAGGCGUGUCUCAAUGACGAGCACCGCUCCGAGGGAGACAAAUCAGACAUCUACACCACCCUUUUCGAAAUGUACCUGCACAAAUCCAACGAAAAGAGAGGGGACGACGAGCACCGUGAGGAAUGGGAACAACGAGCGAAAGCCCUCAUCAACAGCAAGAAUCAAGGGACUGCCACCAGCAGCACCAAAACGCCCAUCGAGAACUCCAACGUACUCCUCCUGUCACACCUUUCAGACUUCCGCGACGGCACCACCCUCGUCAAGGAACAGUCCGGCCUCCUCUUCGACAUCUUCCGCUCCUACACCUCGGCAAAGGACACGCGCGGCGCCAUCAAAGCCCUGCGCAAAUACGGGCCGGAAGAGCCGCAGCUCUACCCGGCCGCGCUGGCCUACCUGACCUCUGACGCGCGCAUCCUCGAGGAGGCCGGCAAAGACGAGCUCGCCGCGAUCCUCGAGCGCAUCGACCGCGACGGGCUCAUGGCGCCGCUCCAGGUGGUACAGACGCUGAGCAAGAACGCCGUCGCCAGCAUGGGCAUGCUCAAGCCCUACCUCGCCAAUCGCAUCGAGCGCGAGCGCAAGGAGAUCGCCGAGAACAAGCGGCUCGCGGCCCAGUUCCGGUCCGAGACCGAGACCCGCCGGGCCGAGAUCGCGGACCUGGGCAGCAAGCCGGCCGUCUUCCAGGCGACGCGGUGUGCGCAGUGCAUGGGCUUGCUGGAGCUGCCGGCCGUGCAUUUCUUGUGUAAGCAUAGCUUCCAUCAGAGGUGUCUGAGGAGUGGUGGCAGCGGUGCUGUGGAAGGGGAGGAGUGCCCGAUAUGUGCAAGGGAUAAUGCCACUAUCCGGGCGCUCAAGAAGAGUCAGGAGGAGAACGCGGAGCGGCACGAGUUGUUUAAGGAUGAUCUGGACAGGAGCGAGGACCGGUUCAGGACGAUUUCGGAGUGGUUUGGCAGAGGGGUCAUGAGCGUGCCGAGCGUGGAGUGA